CCAAGCAAUAACAUCAACGGUACAGUGCUGUAGUAGCGAGCUAAGCAUUUGAUGACAACUAGGUCGACACAUUUACACAGCCAUUGCCCUUAGGUCUACUUGAGAUUCUCAUUUCAUAUGUCAUGGAUGCUCCGCAGAGGCGUCACUGCCCAUAAAUUCACCUUGAGCGUUCCUGCAACUACUAAACCCUUUCUGCCGCCUCGUGCUCCAUGGAUUCGCACAUCGUCAGAAGCGCAGAGUUGGGCUUGCCAGCGGCGGCAUUUGAUGACUGAUGUAAUUCCCGGACCUUUGAUUCCACCGACUGUCUUUACAGGACUUGUCUUAGGUCUUUGGUUCUACAAGUGCUGUAUGAUGGUGUUGUUCCAGAAUAAGAUUAUAUAUAUGCCAAACAUUCCUCCAUUCAGUCGUCAAGAGACUUUGGAAGAUUACAAGAGGGCCACCUCUCCCAUUGAAUGGACAGAAGAGAGGAUCAAUUCUUUGGAUGGGACGGAGAUCGCCCUUUGCAUUGGGGAGCAUCCUGGGUGCAUUGCAAAUUCCCAAGGGGCGAAUAUUCAAAGACAUGUUGUGAUAGUAUAUUUUCAGGGCAAUGCUUCUUCUUUGCCUCCUAGGCUGCCUUUCCUAUCAGACGUCAUCAAACCUCUGAGCAAUUCACAGCCCAUGGAUGCAAGUGCGACUCGAUAUACGAUUGUAGCGGUUUCUUAUCGUGGAUUCUGGAAGUCGCGCGGAAGAGCUUCCCAGAAAGGUAUAGAACUCGACGCUGCAGCAGCCUUGAAAUGGGCACAACAGCGAUACGCACCAGAGGGAGAAGAUACGAGAUUUGUCCUCUGGGGUCAAAGUAUAGGCGCUGGCGUUGCCUCUACUGCUGCAGCACAAAUCUUCAGGGGCCAGGGAGUUAUUGCAAAGAAUGCCCAGCAGCCACGCUUGACAAGCGUCAUCCUGGAGACGCCAUUCACCAGCUUGCGACAGAUGCUCAUAGCAAUGUAUCCUCAAAAGUGGCUUCCCUAUCGCUAUCUUGGGCCAUUUCUAUGGAAUUGGUGGGACAGCGAAGCUGCACUGCAAAGCCUCGCCAAAUCGGAAGGCGGGAAGAAACUAAAAUUUCUCAUCAUCCAAGCAGCAAAUGAUGAAGUGGUACCGGCGGAGCAUGGCAUCGAGCUCGAGAGGCUGUGCAACCAUCUGGGACUGCAGGUUAAGCGUGAGGUAGUGCCGGGGACUCUCCACACUGAGGCCAUGUCUCGAAGUGAGGGGCGUCGCAUCAUCAGUAAUUAUCUGCUCGAGGAGGGAAAAGCGUGAAGAUCUCAACGGUAGCUAGUAAAUGGCCUACGUGCAUAAGCUACACAAUACCGGUCUUGCCAAAAAUCAUCACUGCAUGCAACCAAUCAGAUCCGAUGCAAUGCAAGGCAUCAACUACCUGACCUUACAUACGA